AUUUAUACACUGUGUCUGUUUAUGUAUCUUACUAUACAUGUCCAACUUAAAUCAAAACUGCUCCAUAAACGUUCAUACCAAAACACCACCUAAACUGUAUCUAAAAUCCCACACAAGCCAAAACCCGAUCUAAAUUGAAUAUAAUUAAUAAAUUCUUGUUUUACUAUAAUAUGAAUAUGAAUAAUAUGAAUAUGAACUAAAAACUUUGAAAUUAUUCUAUCUCAUCUAUGGACUAGAGUGACCAUGUGAUCAAUUGCAAGUGUAACCAUCAGCCACUGCCGCGCUCAGGUCACACUGCUCAACCAGGUUCCACGUCAAGCGCCGGAAAAAAACACGACUUGCAUUUAAUCAAUUUAUCUGGCGACCGGACGAACGGAUUUCGAGCAAGAUGGUGAGCCUGCUGCAAGAGAUCGACACCGAGCACGAGGACAUGGUCCACCACGCAGCGCUGGACUUCUACGGCCUACUGUUGGCCACCUGCUCCUCGGACGGCAGCGUCCGCAUCUUUCACUCGCGCAAAAACAAUAAGGCGCUCGCCGAGCUCAAGGGACACCAGGGACCAGUGUGGCAGGUGGCCUGGGCACAUCCCAAGUUUGGCAACAUACUGGCAUCGUGCUCCUACGACCGCAAGGUGAUCGUCUGGAAGUCCACAACGCCCCGGGAUUGGACUAAGCUCUACGAAUACAGCAACCACGACUCCUCGGUAAACUCGGUGGACUUCGCGCCAUCCGAGUACGGAUUGGUGUUGGCCUGCGCCAGUUCGGAUGGCUCGGUAUCGGUGCUCACCUGCAACACGGAGUACGGUGUGUGGGAUGCCAAGAAGAUACCGAAUGCGCACACGAUCGGAGUGAAUGCCAUCUCGUGGUGCCCCGCCCAGGCACCAGAUCCAGCAUUUGACCAGCGCGUAACUUCGCGUUCGGCGGCCGUAAAGCGCCUAGUGAGCGGUGGUUGCGAUAAUUUAGUGAAGAUUUGGCGGGAGGACAACGACCGCUGGGUGGAGGAGCACCGACUGGAGGCGCACUCGGAUUGGGUGCGCGACGUGGCCUGGGCGCCGUCGAUCGGAUUGCCCCGCUCGCAGAUUGCCACGGCUUCGCAGGAUCGCCAUGUGAUUGUGUGGAGCAGCAACGCAGAUCUAUCCGAGUGGACCUCGACUGUGCUGCACACAUUCGACGAUGCCGUGUGGAGCAUCUCGUGGUCAACCACCGGCAACAUUCUUGCCGUCACCGGUGGGGACAACAAUGUCACAUUGUGGAAGGAGAACACGGAGGGCCAAUGGAUCCGCAUCAACUACGAGUCGGGUACGGCCAUCCAGUCGAAGCAGCCCUCGCACCUUCCGCAUUCCCACUCCCAGCAGCAGCAGGCGCUACAACAGCACCAACAACAGGCGCCAUCGCAUCCAGGUCCUUCCUCCGAUUCGGAGCAUAGCUCGAACCUGUCCAACUCGCAGCUCUCCAACUGAGCCAGCCCCGAAAUAUUGUCGUGCUGAAGUCGUGGUUAAAAGUGUUACUUUACAAAUAUAUAUAUACGAAAUACUAUUUAAUGUGCCCCUUUAAACGCUGUUUAGUGUAUGUUUAUUUGGACUUCAUAUGGGAUCCCUAUUUGAAUCUUCUGAAAUUAUAAUGAAUUCUAAAGACAAGUUUUUGUCGAAAUGGUAUCAUUUUUUUUAAGUUUUAUCAAAUAUAUUUGCAAAUUGUAAGUAGUAUGUAUUUAAAAAUAAUAGUAUAAUAAGAUUUAAAUAAUUAACCAAAUUUUAUUCAAACUUAUUAUUUUUAACCAUACAGAUAAAUUCCAAAACUAAAAUUUUUACAC